CCCGCUGGGGUGUGGGCUCGGGCCCGGGCUCCGCUCGGCUCCCUCUGCUCGCGAACCCGCGCCGGCGCCGGCUGGGGCUGCCCGGGAUGAUGACGACCCCCGUGAGCCUCUUCCCCUCCGGGGACGACCUGGACUCCAGCCAGUUACAGAUGGAGCCCGAUGAAGUGGACACUCUGAGGGAGGGAGAGGACCCAGCUGACCGGAUGCACCCCUUUCUGGCCAUCUACGGCCUUCAGCCUCUGAAAAUGCACCCCUUGGUGUUCGCCACUGGGGUCCCUGUCACAGCCCAGGUGGUGGGCACUGAAAGAUACACCAGUGGAUCCAAGGUGGGAACCUGCACUCUGUAUUCGGUCCGCUUGACUCAUGGUGACUUUACCUGGACAACCAAGAAGAAAUUCCGUCACUUCCAGGAGCUGCAUCGGGACCUCCUGAGACACAAAGUCUUGAUGAGUUUGCUGCCUCUGGCUCGCUUUGCCGUUACCCAUCCUCCAGCCCAAGAGACAGGCAACAGAGAGAUGCCCUCCCUUCCUCGAGCAGGUCCUGAAGGCUCUGCCAGACAUGCAUCCAGCAAACAGAAAUACCUGGAGAAUUACCUCAACUGCCUCUUGACCAUGUCUUUUUACCGCAACUACCAUGCCAUGACAGAGUUCCUGGAAGUCAGUCAACUGUCCUUUAUCCCGGACCUUGGAUGCAAAGGACUGGAGGGGAUGAUCCGGAAGCGCUCGGGUGGCCACCGUGUUCCUGGCCUCACCUGCUGUGGCCGGGACCAAGUUUGUUACCGCUGGUCCAAGAGGUGGCUGGUGGUGAAGGACUCCUUCCUGCUGUACCUGUGCCUCGAGACCGGCGCCAUCUCAUUUGUUCAGCUCUUUGACCCUGGCUUCAAGGUGCAGGUGGGGAAAAGGAGCACAGAGGCCCGGUAUGGGGUCCGGAUCGACACCUCCCACAGGUCCCUGAUUCUCAAGUGCAGCAGCUACCGGCAGGCGCGGUGGUGGGCCCAGGAGAUCACUGACCUGGCCCAGGGCCCGGGCAGAGACUUCCUGCAGCUGCACCGGCAUGACAGCUACGCUCCACCCCGGCCUGGGACUUUGGCCCGGUGGUUUGUGAAUGGGGCAGGUUACUUUGCUGCCGUGGCAGAUGCCAUUCUGCGAGCUCAAGAGGAGAUUUUCAUCACAGACUGGUGGUUGAGUCCUGAGAUUUACCUGAAGCGUCCGGCCCAUUCAGAUGACUGGAGACUGGACAUUAUGCUCAAGAAAAAGGCGGAGGAGGGUGUCCGUGUGUCUGUACUGCUGUUCAAGGAAGUGGAGUUGGCUCUGGGCAUCAACAGUGGCUAUAGCAAGAGGGCUCUGAUGCUGCUGCACCCCAACAUAAAGGUGAUGCGCCACCCAGACCAGGUGACGUUGUGGGCCCAUCAUGAGAAGCUCCUGGUGGUGGACCAAGUAGUGGCCUUCUUGGGGGGGCUGGACCUUGCCUAUGGCCGCUGGGAUGACCUGCACUACCGACUGACUGACGUUGGGGACUCCUCUGAAUCAGCUGCCCCACAGCCUCCCACCCUGUGCUCAGACUCUCCAGACACCCCAGACCUCUCUCACAACCAACUCUUCUGGCUGGGCAAGGACUACAGCAAUCUUAUCACUAAGGACUGGGUACAGCUGGACCGGCCUUUCGAGGAUUUCAUUGACAGGGAGACUACACCCCGGAUGCCUUGGCGGGAUGUUGGUGUGGUUGUCCAUGGCCCACCCGCCCGGGACCUUGCCCGGCACUUUAUCCAGCGCUGGAACUUCACCAAGACUACCAAGGCUAAGUACAAGAUACCCAUGUAUCCCUACCUGCUGCCCAAGUCCACCAGCACCGCAAACCAGCUCCCCUUCAUGCUCCCAGGGGCGCAGUGUGCCACUGUGCAGGUCUUGCGGUCAGUGGACCGCUGGUCAGCGGGGACUUCCGAGAACUCCAUCCUCAAUGCCUACCUGCACACCAUCAGGGAGAGCCAGCACUUCCUCUACAUUGAGAAUCAAUUCUUCAUUAGCUGCUCAGAUGGGCGGACGGUUCUGAACAAGGUGGGCGAUGAGAUUGUGGACAGAAUCCUGAAGGCCCACAAACAGGGGCAGUGCUUCCGGGUCUAUGUGCUUUUGCCCCUGCUCCCCGGUUUUGAGGGUGACAUCUCCACCGGUGGUGGUAACUCCAUCCAGGCCAUUCUGCACUUCACUUACAGGACCCUGUGUCGUGGAGAAUAUUCAAUCCUACAUCGCCUCAAAGCAGCCAUGGGGACCGUGUGGCGGGACUAUAUAUCCAUCUGUGGGCUUCGCACACACGGAGAGCUGGGCGGGCACCCAGUCUCAGAGCUCAUCUAUAUCCACAGCAAGAUGCUCAUUGCGGAUGACCGGACAGUCAUCAUUGGCUCCGCGAACAUCAAUGACCGGAGCUUGCUGGGGAAGCGGGACAGUGAGCUGGCCGUGCUGAUCGAGGACACAGAGAUGGAGCCAUCCCUCAUGGGUGGUGUGGAGUAUCAGGCGGGCAGGUUUGCCCUGAGUUUGCGGAAGCAUUGCUUCAGUGUGAUUCUUGGGGCAGAUGCCCGGCCAGACCUGGAUCUCCGAGAUCCUGUCUGUGAUGACUUCUUCCAAUUGUGGCAAGACACAGCAGAGAGCAAUGCCAACAUCUAUGAGCAGAUCUUCCGCUGCCUGCCGUGCAACGCCACACGCUCCCUGCGGGUACUCCGGGAGUACGUGGCCGUGGAGCCCCUAGCCAUGGUCAGCCCUCCCUUGGCCCAGUCUGAGCUCACCCAGGUCCAGGGCCACCUGGUCCACUUCCCCCUCAAGUUCCUAGAGGAUGAGUCUUUGCUGCCCCCCCUGGGUAGCAAGGAGGGUGUGAUGCCCCUAGAAGUGUGGACAUAGCUGUGGCUCCACCCAGGAGAGAUCACCAGCCACUGGGCUCCGCUGAAUCUGGCCCCCUGCCUCCCAACUCUGAGGACUGAGGGCACUGCCCUUUGAGACCUGGGGGAGCAAGCAUCCAUGGAGGGGAUUAGAGAAGUCACAGAGGGCCCUUUCUUGAGAAGAGCCGAAAAGGACACUCCCAACCCUGGGCCGGGGAGGCAGAGAGGGCCUCAGAGAAGUUCAUCCUCCCCACUGCCCAGUUCAAACCACUGCCUCAGAGGAGAAGCAUAUCUCCUGCCAGGAUGCCUGGGACAAGCCUCUUACUCCAGAAGGAGUGGGCUCUGCCCUGGGUCUUCCCCAUCUCUCCCUUCUUCCUCCUGCCCUGGAACCCCCUCCCUGCCCCAGGGUCUCUCCCAGCCCAUUGCUGCUAGGGUAGAGGGAAGGACGAAGCCAAGCCACUCCUCGCUUCAGCUCCCACCGUGGGGAGGGGUUGUAGUGGGGGGUAAACACUAACUCCCUCCACCAGCCUGCUGACAGACACUAACUUUGUAUCAAUUCAAUAAGCAUUUCAUAAAUAAAAGCAUAGAAAAGGUC